CGCCGGGGAGUCCACAGCCGGAUCUAGAAUCCCUCCCACCUCGCAUCGCUCCGGCUCCAGCGCUGGUUGCUCAGCCCGGCUGGAGGGAAGCGCAGCCUGCGGCCGGACUGCGCGCUGGGGGGCGGCGGCCAGGUGAGAGUGGGGCGGGGGGAAGGAGACAUGAGCCGGCGCCACGCCUCGCCCAGCGCCAGGAGCGAGGCGGCUGCUGUCCCAGCCAGCUGGCCCUAGCCCCGCGCCCUGGGAGCAGCCGAGCCCUUCUCCGCACGGUAAGUUUCCGGGCGCCCAGGUGGAAGAGGAGGAGGAGCCGGCGGGAGCGGGGGAGCAGGUGAGGGCGGGCGCACCUGGUCGGGCUGCGGCUGGUGGAGGAGUGGGCAUGGGGAACCAGGUGGAGAAACUGACCCACUUAAACUACAAGGAAGUUCCUACCGCCGACCCCACGGGCAUGGACAGAGACGAGGGUCCCAGGAUCGGGGUGUCCUACAUCUUUUCCAGUGACGAUGACGAGCUGGAGCAGCAGGACUCGGCGGCUCAGGAUAUGGGAGGCGAGCACCCUGUACCGCAACCCUAUGACCCCCAGGUGCAGGAGGUGGAGUGUUCGGUUUAUUAUCGGGAUGAGUGUAUCUACCAGAAGAGCUUUGCUGGGGAUGAUACCACACCAGAUGAGAGGGAUGGAGGUGGGGGGCAGCUGAGCACUUACACCCCAGAGAACCUGCUGAACAGAUGUAAACCAGGCGACCUGGUGGAAUUUGUGUGCCAGGCCCAGUACCCACACUGGGCAGUGUAUGUUGGGGAUUUUCAGGUAGUGCACCUGCAGCGGCUGGAGGUGGUGAACAGCUUCCUGACUGAUGCCAGCCAGGGCAGGAGAGGUCGUAUUGCCAACUAUUUGUACCGUUACAAGCCCCUGAGCCCGGCUAUGGUGGUGCGGAAUGCCCUGGAGCAGGUGGGCUGCAAGGAUCGGGAGCUGAGCUGGAGGAACUCUGAGUGCUUUGCUGCCUGGUGCCGCUAUGGCAAACGGGAAUUUAAAAUUGGCGGGGAGCUCCGCAUAGGCAAGCAGCCCUACCGGUUGCGGAUCCGGCUGGGGGACAAACGCAGCCACACGCUGGAAUUCCAGAGCCUGGAGGAUCUGAUCAUGGAGAAGAGGAGGAAUGACCAGAUCGGUAGGGCUGCUGUGAUCCAGGAGCUCUCCAGCCAUCUGCAAGCUGCAGAGGAGGAGGAGGAUCCAGGUGCCCAGACUGCUGCUGAGUAGCACCAUCAUGCGGCUUAGGCUGGGUGAUGGGGAUUAAAACUGAAGGCUGCGAAAUUGAGCUGUUAUAAGCCCUUUGGGCUGCUUCAGUGCAGCUUCGUUCCAAUCACAUGUGAAAGGAAGGGGGAAAGCUGAUUAAGUGUCUGUGCUUUAGUACUUAACUCCUUCGGUGCUUGGUAAAUCUCUGACUUAUUUGUAGAGGAUAAAAUUGGGGGAGAUUCCACCACCCCCAUUUAUGACCUUCAUCCCCAAACCAUCAGUCCCUUAGCUGCCAGUAGGUAUGGAUCUUACAUGGUGGUGAGUGCUUUCAGUUUCUAUUGAGUUCAGUGGGAGAUGAGGGCAUUCAGCACGAUUAAGAAGGAGCCAGCACCUUGUAGGAUAGGGCCCUUUAGCUCUCAAGUGGAUGAUUGACUGUCCUAGCUGGGAAGUUCAUUUCCCUCCCUGCACCCCCUCCCCCACCACCUUCCCUUGUCUCCUCUCCACCUAGUUAUCUUGUGGUUCCUGUUAGUAUUACAGCAAGACCUUUGUGACUUCACACCCAACCCCCAGUCCUCAAAGGAUUUAAGGGAUAAACCACAGUUAACUUUGUGAAAUAGGGUUUGACAUGCACAAUAUCAUCUUAAUUAAAGUAACUUGCAGACUGGUUGGGGGAAUCCCUGUCUGCCUGUUUGUGUGUGGCUUCCUUUUAUGUACAGUGGGCUAAAUUGCCCUGAUGGGGGUGGGAAAUGACCUGAAGUGGAGGUUAGCUGUGAUCAGGUUGCUAUCUAUGCAUUGUAAUGCACUGAAACCUUUUGGGGGCUCUCACUAUCACCAGGCUUAACUGCAUCAGCAUUCAUUAGGGGGCUUGAUCCUGCUCCCACUGAAGUCAGUUGCAAAGUCCCCAUUGACUUCUGUGGUGCAGGAUUGGGCUGUAAAAGGAGCUUCUUCAUGUGUUUUAGUGCAUUUGGGUGAGCUAGGGAUAAGUUAACCCUGGCAGAGGUGGUCUAGCAUUUUGGCUAAGCCCCAGCAGAGGUGGAAGCCUCUAGCCAGUAUCAGUACUGCGUCAGUCGUGUUUUAAGGCUAUACUACAAAUAGCACUUUGAUUUAUUUGCUUAAUCGUGGGGAAUAAAGCAUGUCUUGAAUCCCACUGUCUGGAAUAUACGGGCUAGUGAUUAACUGGUAAAAUUCCUAGAGGUAAGGGUCAGGAGAAAUUGCACAGUGUCUCUGCACCGUGAUAAACAGUGCUGUAACAGGAAGUGAUUGUGUGUGCGGGGGGGAGAAGACCAGUAUAGAGGGGAAGGAAAUACAUUCCCUGACUGGGAAGUUAUUGAAAAUUCAAAGCUGGGGAAAUUCUCUGUGUUCUCCCGCUACAAAUAAAUCCCUAAUGAAGAGUAAGUUCAAGGUAGUGCUUUGUUUUUGUUGUGUUUUUCCUGGUACAUUGCUGAGCGAUGUCACUAGAGAAGGAAAGAGGGAGUAGUCAUUCUCGUUGUGUGAUCUGUCUCAUGAAGUUUGAUUGAGUAGUUCCAUCAACUAAUGCAUUUGUAGGAGGGCAAGGUGCUACAUGUAUCUAAUAUUACCUACCAAAGUAGCAACUCUUUUUGAACUGGAUCACUUUUUCCCUAGUCUUCAGUGCACUGUAAUACCAGAUCAUCAUGGAUUCUUAAUCUGUUCAGUAUUUAUUUUCCUAUGGUCUGUUAAUAUAAACUUCCCUGCCCCUUAAAACACAAUAGCUGUGAAGCUAACCUGAGGAUGAGCUAGAGUUAAUUUAAAUAGUGGAAAUCAAUAUUUUAAAGUAAACAUGCAGUGUAAUUAAGCGGUGUAUUAAAAUGACUCUGUUUUCCCUGCAGUUGUUUACUUCACUGCUUGCAGCCUAAUUCUACUCUACAAUCUCUGUGUUUUUUAAGAUUAGGGUGAGAAACCAAUCAAUCAUAAAUAAGCAGAUACUAACCUUGGAGUAAUUAAGACUAUAUGAAGCAGCUUUCACCUGUAAGAAAGGAACAUAAGCGCCUAAUAGACUCCCAUUGUUGUGAAUCUUAAGUGGACAAUGCAGAGAAGGGUUUCUUUUGUUUAUGUUCCCCCCCAUUAGACAAAUCUUGUUCAUUAUUGAGGGGAGGAUCAACUUACGGGGUUACACACUUAAAACGUAUUGUACCUUUUCCCUUAAUACUUUCUAUGCUUUAAUUUUAGGAUGUGGAAUUCUUGGCUCUCCUACGGAGAAUUUGUUAAACAUAAAGCUCCUUUUGAUUGUCGUAGCUCAGGCUUUUGUACUGAUGAAAUCUUUCCUCAAUAUACAGUUGAGUCAUACUCCAGUUACUGUGAUCGUUAAACAUGCAAUGUUGCUCAGAAAGCAUGAGAACUAUCCGUAGCUGAACUGUGAUAAGGUUAACAUGUGGCUAUUUCUCUGUUCAGCCACCAUUAACUGGUUAAGAUUGUAACUGAUGUAUUCCUAAACUGUGUAUCAGCUAUUCUGAAUAGGAUAAAACAGACUUAAGAUCACGUAGACCAUGAAUAAAUGUUUAGCUAUUGUUCCUAGUCCUGAAAUUUUGUAUAGAACAAAGUUUAUUCACUAUGUAAUAUAUGUAUGUAAAAUAAUAUUUUCUUACAAAUAUUUUUGAAAGUUAAAAAUAAUUCCAUCAUGAGACUCUUAUAUUUUGAAAGUAAGUUAUGUACAUUAUUCUGAUGGCCUCUGAAUGGAUUUAUUUUUGUCAUUAGUGAUCUAAAGUUUCUAGGUCCUACAGGAUGGAAACUGCUGUAGAUGUCAAACAUGUUGUAUCAAAAAGGUACUAAAUUGUGUGUUGGUUGUGAAAAUGUUUUCCUUUUAUGUUUGAAACCUCAGAACGAACGCUCAAACCUCUCUUCCUUCUUCUCAGACAUUUAGUCUGUUCUUAUUUAUAAAAACAAGACAAAAGCUGAGAACUGAGAGCAAAGCCUGUUAAGAUCUACAUGAAACUAUUUUCUUGUCUCAUGUAGUUAUUAAUGUACACCUCUACCUAGCACACAGUUUGGUACAAAUCUGCACACAGGCAGAGAUAUUGUGACUCAGGCUUGAGAUGUAGUGAUACAGCUGAGUGGGAAAGCUUACCUAAUAGUCAAACAUAACAGAGUAUUCCUUAACCGCUACUUUUCACCUUCUUUCUUGAGUUCAGUGAUGCUUAUGCUGUGAAAUAUAGAACAUCCCAUGUGUUCUGUUUCCACCUAAAAUAAAUAUUUGCUUGGCAUUAAAACAUGCAGUUAGAGAAUGGGUGUUACUGGAAUACAUAAAUGUGACCUGCAAAGGAUUUUUAAGAGAGGGGAUUUAUACCCUCUCCUGCUGCUUCAUAAUAUGUUAAGAAUGACUGAAAGUUUUGUGUUAAAGCUUUUGCUGCUUCUGCUUUCCCUUACUAAGAUCAGCAAGGUCAAGUCUGCUUUUCCUGGGUAGUAUUAGAGGAUUGCUUUGGAAAGGGGCUGGGUCACAUGUGUAUUAUGAUCAGUCACACCUUUGAAGGGAUGUCUGUUGAAUCUUUAACUUAGACAUCUUUUCUCCCAACUGUUGAAUAGGCAAUGUUAUUAAAUAGAUGCUAACUAGCACAAGCAAACCAGGUUUAAGCAGGCCAAGAGUUCACAGCAGGCGAAGUAACAUAGUUACUCAGCUUUCAGUCUCCUGUGACUUUUUUUCCAUUUGCCACAGAGUCUUCCAGGGUAAACUAGACCGGAAUUUCUAGUGUUUAUAUUUAAAACAAAAAACAGGAAAACACUUUUGUUCAAGCCUUUCAGGCCUUUGUUAUACAGCAAAGAGAAGGGAACAAAAUGAAUCCCACUUCUGUAGGUCCCAUUUAAAAUGUAGAAAAUGCAGGCCUGAUCCUUCUACUGAGCUGCAUUAAGAUCCUGAUUUAGCAAGGGCCUUAAGCAUGCACCUAACUUUUAGCUCAUGAGUAGGCUCCCUUAAAAUCAAUCAGUGCUUAAAUUCCUUGCUGAAUCUCAGGGCCUGCUGUCCUACACUUUGACCCACAGUGGGAGGAGAAGACCUGAUGCUGAUGAUCUGUUUAGGGAUGGGAGGGGAAGCAAGGGGGAAAAAGUCCCAUUGAGGAGUGCUGGGGAAUCAGGAUCAUCCUGCACAGAAUGGACAAAAUUCUGCUCUCAGUUGCACCGUGAAAUCAGUGGAUGGCACGGGUUCAGCAGGGGGCAGCAGUCUGCCCAGCAACUUACAGUUGUAAAUUAGAAUGUUAACAUUGCAGAAUAUCUUCCAAACUCUUCUGUCUGGUCAUGUUAGACCCUUCUCUUUGCCUUUUGAACACUGAAGUUAACAACUUCUUUUCUUAAAAGCCUUCUGAUCCUGCAAACUUAACCAUGUAUGUGAAUUUACUCACAUCAGUAGUCCCAUUGCCACUGAGGGAACUACUCUUGAGAGGAUUGUUACGUGUAUGCUUAGAGUAGACUAAGUCUUGGCCGGACUAGGCCCCAGAAGUGUAAAUAUGACUCCAGUUAGGAAAUGCAGAUGAGCCAUCGAUUUCCCCAGGCUGUCAAUGUUUUUUAUGCAAAUAAGUUUUUUUUUUUCCUUUGGAAAACGCCUUCUAAUAAAACCUCCGACUAUUGUUUGAUUAAGUUACCUUCCAUGAGGGGGAAUAAACGCACUUAGAACUAUUUCAGGUUACCCAUUCCCGAUUCUCUUUGAGGGCAAAGUAUUGAUUACAGCAACUCUUCAGAAGUUCAGGCAGGCAGAGUGAUGGUCUGCUUGGUUUUAAAAAAACAAAACAAAACAAAAAAAACCCUAGCAAUUUCGGAGACUCUAUUUUCUUACCUGGAAAAAAACAUAUUUUCUUCAGAGUGGAAGAAUCCAGACAGGGGAUCUGAACUCCCAGCUAUACACAACAAUUUUGUAUAAAUGAAACACAAUGUGUUUUUUUUAUAGUAUUCAGAUUUAAUUUCAAUGUUUUCUUUCAGUACUAAAAUAGGUAACCGAAUGGAAUAAAUUUCUCCUAGUAAGAUGCAAACUUUAAAUGUGAAAGUUCUUUAGUCUUUGUGAAAGAUUUGUCCCUGGUGCAUGUGAGCUUUAUUUGUCAGGUGCUUUGCCACCUGUGCUUUUUGACAAUUAGCUGCACCAACCGUAAUUAUUACAGCCAUGUGGGAACAAAUAUUUUUGAAAGCAGAAUUUUAAUUUUAUAUGAAAGAUCAGCUAUGAAAAAUUAAGUAAAGGUAGGGAAUUGCAUAGUUUCGAAAGGCAGUUUCUUAUUCUUAAAGGAAUCUACUGUAUCACUUACAUACUUUUGAAUCGACCAGUCUUAUGAACUGAAGUGCAGUGGAAAAAAUCUGAUGAGGUCACAUCACUGCUGAAUAGUUUUAUGCUAUUAAAGACCUUGUGAAUUAAAAAAA